ACUUCUGUCAACCGCUGCUGACAACCAAUAGACAUCCUCGCAUUCACCGAGAUUCCCACGGUUUGGCCACGCCAAGCCAAUGGAGGAGAGAAACCGGAGAAAGUGGGCGCGUACGUCGUCGGGAGGAAAAUAAUCGGUGACGUUCCCCUCGCUUGAUUUUUGUAGGGCGGUGGGACUCUGCCGUUUUUUGAUGGAUUCCGAACAGCCAAUCAGAGCGCCCCGUGGAUCACCGCCGUGGAGAUGUGGCCAAUCCGCAGCCUAGCCCUCAGCUGUCAAUCACCUCUCCGGUUCUGGCGAGAGGGCGGGACGUUCGCUCGGCUGUAGUUCCGUCAUCUCGCUCGUCUCCGAGGCUACAGGGGGCCAAUGUUGAUUUGGGCGAACUCCCGUCGUUGUCGGACCCCGCCGAGGUUUAAUUUUUGAAGCUGGGUUCGGUGACGAAAAGCGUCAGGCUUUCGGUUGAGAAUAUUGCAACCCCGCCGUCGCUAUCGCUGUUUUUUGGGCUGGGGGAGAGGUGGGGAGCCGGGGGGCCUCGCUUGGAGGGGGCUGCAAGGAGGGACAGGAGAAGACUGGAUCCUCCGUGUUCAGGCCAACUGUGCCGAGGUCGGCCUGACAGUCCAGUGGAGCCCCAGCGCCCGAGAUACCACAACGAUAGCUCCCCGUGGAUUUAAGCUCUAUAUCGGUCGCCGGUGUUUGAUGACCGUGGAGGGAGUGAGUGAGCGAGCGAGCACCGCUGCACUACCCCGUCUCGCCGUGGCACCGCAUCAGCAGCUGUCGGGCUAUUAAAGAUCAAGACCUCGGAGUUAACGCUUGGUAACUCUUACAGCUGGAUUUAGGAAAUACCGUCCAGACCCAGUCGAGCUUAGACCGGCUUGAGAAAGGCUGCAGCGCGGCCAAAAAGCCACGGAUUGCCCGUUGACAAGUUGUCAUCAUGGGCAACGCGCCCACGGCCAGGAAGGGCAGCGAGAUGGAAAGCGUCAAGGAGUUCCUUGCCAAAGCCAAAGAGGACUUUCUCAAGAAGUGGGAGAACCCUGCACAGAACACUGCUUGCCUGGAGCAGUUUGAGAGGUUGAAAACCCUGGGCACGGGCUCAUUUGGCCGUGUGAUGCUGGUGAGGCACAGAGAAACGGGACAACAUUAUGCUAUGAAGAUCCUCAACAAGCAGAAGGUGGUGAAGCUCAAGCAGAUAGAGCACACUCUAAAUGAGAAGAGGAUUCUUCAGGCUGUCAGCUUUCCCUUUCUGGUGCGGUUAGAGUACUCAUUCAAGGACAACACUAACCUCUACAUGGUGAUGGAAUAUGUACCAGGUGGAGAGAUGUUCUCCCAUCUACGGAGAAUUGGCAGAUUUAGUGAGCCUCACGCUCGGUUCUACGCUGCUCAGAUCGUCCUGACCUUUGAGUACCUGCACGCUUUGGACCUGAUCUACAGAGACCUGAAACCUGAAAACCUGCUCAUAGACCAACAGGGCUACAUACAGGUGACAGAUUUUGGCUUUGCCAAACGUGUGAAGGGCCGGACCUGGACACUGUGUGGCACCCCAGAAUAUCUGGCCCCAGAGAUUAUUCUCAGCAAGGGUUAUAAUAAGGCAGUAGACUGGUGGGCGCUGGGCGUACUCGUCUAUGAGAUGGCAGCAGGGUACCCGCCUUUCUUUGCUGACCAGCCCAUUCAGAUUUAUGAAAAGAUCGUAUCAGGGAAGGUGCGUUUCCCAUCUCACUUCAGUUCAGACCUGAAGGACCUCCUGAGGAACCUGUUACAGGUGGAUCUCACAAAACGUUACGGAAACCUCAAGAACGGGGUCAAUGACAUCAAGGGACACAAGUGGUUCGCAACCACAGACUGGAUUGCCAUCUACCAGAAAAAGGUGGAAGCUCCUUUCGUCCCCAAGUUCAAAGGACCAGGCGACACCAGCAACUUUGAUGACUACGAGGAGGAGGAGAUCCGCGUCUCCUUCACUGAGAAAUGUGCCAAGGAGUUUGCAGAGUUCUAGAGUUAGAGAGCGAGAGAGGAAGAGAGAAGGAAGUAGGGAGAGUCAAAGGUAGGCUGGUCAAGUGGGAGACGUAAGGAGAGAGUACUGUCUCCUGUCCAAUCACAAGCACCAGCUACAAAAAGAGGAAAAAUGGGAUAGAGGAGGGAAAAAGAGCAAGGAGACUGAUAACCAGCAGUGUUGCCUUUUCUGUUGCAUUUCUGUUGUAUUUUAUUUAUUAUUCUGUCUUAUUUAUGGAUCCCUUUAUAACGAAGGUGUGCUUCAGAUUCAUGGGUGUUGGGAACACCCACUUACUUAGAGUCGCCUCUACACAUUUUCACCCAAGAUCUUCCCUUCUUCUUUUAUCGUUUCAUUCAUCAUUCAGUUACUUUUGGGCCACAUCAGUCAGUCUCUUCUGAUCCACUGCAAUCUCUCGGUCAUCACAUGAAGCCCGUUGAGUCGUACAAGUUGAGGUCUCAGUCUGCACAACAAGUUUCUAAAAUUUAAACUGACAAACCGGUGAACUUGCUCUUUCCCUGUUGAGCAAGAGGAGUAUUUAAAUUAAUCACACACAUAAGCACUUUUAUGUUUUGCAGUCAUGAAUUUUUCUUAAAUAUUUGAACUGUUUAAUACCAUAGAAAGCAUACUUUGAGUCACUGGCACAAAGAAAAGAAAUUUUGCUCAGAGACAGAGGACACUUUUGCAAGUUUACUGUGUAGCUCCAUCUAUACUUCUUAUCAUUGUUAGCAUAGCCAGACUUUGUGCAUAUCUACAGCACUCGAUUUUUAAACGUUACUAGAUACUUAGCAGUUCCAGUAUCAUGUCACACUAACUAACAAGGAAAUGUGGACAAGGGAAAGGAAACGUGUUUUUCAUGGUGUUGUGAAGGAACGCCAUAACAUAAUGGUAUCUCAGGUUCGAACAUAUCACUUAGUAGAUAUUUUAUCAACAUAAAGCAUUAGCAGGUGAAGAAAGACGUGUGAGACACUUGCUUACAUAUUUGGGAGGUUAAAGUUGUGGUUAACACUAAGAGGGACACAAGGCAAUAUUAAGACUUUUGGUUUAGCGUAUUCCACAUUUUCCCCGUCCAAAAAGUUUGGCUUUGCUAACUGGACAGCUCUGUUUGGUCUGAAAAGCAGUCUCUGCUCAGAGCUCAAGUCAAGUCGAUUCUGCACUUUGAAUCAGCCAUUUGUCCCUCGCCGACUCCACCUAAAAUAGACCAUCUGAGGCAGAUUACCUAAAACUGCCUGUGGCUGUUCGGUCACCAGAGCACCAGUCAUUGAAGGUGAUCUGGAUGCUUUAUGGUCUUUUAUAGAAACCUGUGUUUAUGUUCAUCUCCCCAGCACCCAGCCCUCUCCUUUGGACCACCUUUCAUGUUGACAGUCUUACAUGUGACAGCAACUCUCUGUUUAACAUGCACAGUUUGAUUUAGUUUUUCACGUGGUGAUGAUGUAAAGAUGACAGGCACUCCACAGAGGAAGUUAGGAGAGGAAUAGACUGAGAAUAGACAAAAACGAUGUUAGAGCACGAUGUGCAACCUUCCUAAGUGAAGUACACGACACGUGGCACUGAACAAAGCCCAAAAUGGUGGUCGUUGUAGGAUUUGGUCAAUCACAAUUUGGUGUCUGUUUCAAACAUUGACAGCUGCAUUUUAAUGUGACACUGUAUUGAAGAUAUUUGGCUCGUACAGGCGCUCGUUUUCAAAUCUGCAUAUUUCACAUGGGACCUUUCUGCCUUUUCUCAGAACACUUGUAAUGUGUAAUUGUGUGUGUCGAUGAUACACACAAACACACACACACACACACAAUAACACAUUACAAUCAUACCACUCCAUGAAAUGACAUUAAAAACGACCCCGCCAUCGAGGAAUUUUUAAGGUGGGCUAAAUUUGAUUUGUUUCAAAUUAUAUUUUAGUCCUGCAACCCAAUGUCCAUGGCCCGGAUUAACCAGAUAGAAGACCUCCCAUGCCCCCCUACCCACCAUUCCUCCCACUCCCUGUCCAAUAUUUCCAGUAUCACCACGCUGAAUAUUACAUAGCCCCAGGUUUACUGUGCGCUAAUUUGAUUUAACCACAAAUCAGCACAGUAUAAGCUGAAUUCAUGAAGGUUUUAAAGGGGCCACCCCAUGAUUCAGUCCAUCAACUUUUGCAGAGGUAAAGAGGUAAAGAUGUUAUCUGAUAUUGGCUUUCUUUUUAGGGUUUUAAAUAAUGUGCACUGACAAAAUAACAUUAUUAAAAUUGGGUUUAUA